AUGGACCAAGCGGCCAUGGUAGCCAGGCUCAAGGAGAUGGGGGCUGGGAUGAUGAGAACCAACAAAGCACACAGCCCUGUCACCCCACCUAUGGGUUUGGCGGCGCCAGCUAGGACGUGGAACACCAACUCUGUGCCGGCUACGAGGUCAUCUGCAGCAUCGCCAGCCAACAACAACGAAAACGUCAAGCCUGCUGCGUCACCUGCGCCUUCUGCCGCCUCCCUAGCUACGACAAGCACUCACACUGACAAGGCGUUCGGUGAGACACGUGGAGCUUCACUGAACGGCUCUGCUAUGACCAGCCCAUCACUCACGCGCUCCUCACUUGCUGGCACGGCAGUCGCUGGCAACACCAACACCAACACUGCAUUUGGAAGUGCUUGGCCGACCUUCACUCCUCAACAGAUGGCAGCAGCGCGUGACUUCCAGUCGACGGCUACUCCAUCUGGAAGCAAGUCACGUCCAGGCCGUGCUCAGCCUCCGCCCCGUCCUACCUCUGCUGCCAGCACUUCCGCCCUUCGCGCCCCCAUCGGCCCCACAGCUGCUCGUGGCAACGGCUUCACAGCUUCCAAUACCACAGGACUCCACGAGCCAACCACUUACUCUCAGACAGGCUCAUUCCAAGCUCCUGCCGCAUCCCCACGUGUUGCUCCGUCCACUAGCUUUGGGUCCGGUGAGCGUGAGCGCCGUCCUUACGGCAGCACUUCAGAUCGUCACGCUCAAGCCUCUGAGACUACUGCGUCAGGAAGCUCACUCCUGCACGGUCGUCCACGAGUAGCACCACCGAGCUCAGCAGUUUCUUCCUGGUCGAACUUCGCAGCCAACCCGAUCGAGCCCAAGCCGCAAUCAGCUGCCUCAGCCGCCCCGCAGUCGGAGACCACGAGAGUCGCUACAGCGAAGGCAGCAGAGCCGAAAGAGGAUCCCGCGAUCAAGGAGACCACAGAAGCGUUCAAGGGCCUAAGCAUGAAGCACAAGGAGGAUCGCACGGACUCUUUAGCCAACGGUGACAAGGCCAGAACUACCCGCCAGGUCGCAGGCAUCAACAACAUCUUGAGCGAUCGCGCGAAGGACGCUAUGUCGAACGGCAAGGCAGCUGGUCGUAUCAGUACGCCACUGGCCGGGGCAAGCAACGGCAACGCUGUGGCUUCACACUCUGGCUCUACACAAGCCGUCGAAGUCAAGAAGAACGAGUUCAAGGUCCCUGCCACCGACACUUCUUCGCCGCCCACCUCCAAGAAGCCGUCCAUCCCCACCCAGCUCGAAGCGCUCGCGGCCACCAGACCCUCAUCCGCUCGACCACCGCCCACCACAAACGAUGUCGAUGCUGCCAUCUCCGCGCAUGCUGCCACAGUCUCUCAGACUCAGCACGUUCAGGCCAAAGGUGCCGAGCCCCAGCAGCACGCUGCAACCCAGCCCAAGGAGUCUGAGCCGGCCGCCUACCAUGCUACCACGAACGGCGAGACGGUGAAGAGGAAGGGAAAGGCUCCCGUGUACACCCAGAACACCCCGACCUUCACCACCAACGGAGCCGGCACAUACCCUCACGUCACCACCUCCAACGGUGACAGCAUCCAUCGUCACAUGAGUCCAGAGCAAGUCGAGCAGGUUGCGGCUCCGUACAAGCUUGAGAUCGCAGGGCUGGAGAGGAAGAUAAUCGCGCUCGAGCACAAGACUGAGAUGUUGCGGCUCGACGCAGGCAAGGUGCAGGGGGAUCUGCUCUGGGUUCAGGGGAAGCUCGACACGCUCAUCGCAGGAGAGACGAACCGCAUGACGAUGGGAACUGACAACCCCAACUUCCUGGUCAAUGUCGACACUCCCCACGGGCCCAAGCAGAUUCAGGUCAGCAAGACCAUGAAUGUGUACGAUCUCAUCCGUCGCAUCUGCGCUCAUUGCAGACUUCUUCCCGCCCUCUUGUCGGACUGCCGCAUCUCGGUCAACGGUGUGCAGGUCGGUCACAUCGCGUUGUUGGGGGAAGUUGGGCUGGUGGAUCAGACUGCGGACGUCAAGUUCACCUACGGCUCGUAG